AUGGCCCUGCUGCACUCUGGCCGCGUCCUGUCCGGAGUCGCCGCGGCUUUCCACCCAGGCCUCGCUGCCGCGGCUUCUACCAGAGCCAGCUCCUGGUGGGCUCAUGUGGAGAUGGGGCCCCCAGAUCCCAUCCUGGGAAUAACAGAAGCCUAUAAGAGAGACACCAGCAGCAAAAAGAUGAACCUUGGAGUUGGUGCCUACCGGGAUGAUAAUGGAAAGCCUUACGUGCUUCCAAGUGUCCGGAAGGCGGAGGCCCAGAUUGCUGCAAAAAAUUUGGAUAAAGAAUACCUGCCCAUUUCAGGGCUGGCUGAAUUUUGUAAGGCAUCUGCAGAACUAGCCCUGGGUGAAAACAAUGAAGUGUUGAAAAGUGGCCGGUAUGUCACUGUGCAGACCAUUUCCGGAACCGGGGCCUUAAGGAUCGGAGCCAGUUUUCUGCAAAGAUUUUUUAAGUUCAGCCGGGAUGUCUUCCUGCCCAAACCAACCUGGGGGAAUCAUACACCCAUCUUCAGGGAUGCUGGCAUGCAACUCCAGAGUUACCGGUACUAUGACCCCAAGACAUGCGGCUUUGACUUCACAGGCGCUAUUGAGGACAUUUCAAAAAUACCAGCGCAGAGUGUCAUUCUCCUGCACGCCUGUGCCCACAACCCCACGGGAGUGGACCCUCGUCCUGAGCAGUGGAAGGAGAUGGCGACAGUGGUGAAGAAAAACAAUCUCUUUGCAUUCUUUGACAUGGCCUACCAAGGCUUUGCCAGUGGCGAUGGUAACAAGGAUGCCUGGGCUGUGCGCCACUUCAUCGAACAGGGCAUUAAUGUUUGUCUCUGCCAGUCCUAUGCCAAGAACAUGGGCUUAUACGGUGAGCGUGUGGGAGCCUUCACUGUGGUCUGCAAAGAUGCCGAGGAAGCCAAAAGAGUUGAGUCCCAGUUGAAGAUCCUGAUCCGUCCCAUGUAUUCCAACCCCCCAAUCAAUGGGGCCCGCAUUGCCUCCACUAUUCUGACCAGCCCAGAUUUGCGGAAACAAUGGUUGCAAGAAGUAAAGGGCAUGGCCGACCGCAUCAUCAGCAUGCGGACUCAGCUGGUGUCCAACCUCAAGAAGGAGGGCUCCUCCCACAACUGGCAGCACAUCACUGACCAGAUUGGCAUGUUUUGUUACACAGGCCUAAAGCCUGAACAGGUGGAGCGGCUGACCAAGGAGUUCUCCAUCUACAUGACAAAGGAUGGCCGCAUCUCUGUGGCAGGGGUCACCUCAGGCAACGUGGGCUACCUUUCUCACGCCAUUCACCAGGUCACCAAGUAA